AUGUCUUCUCUUUCUCAAGAUCAAAUAAAUGAAUUAAUUACCAAUGCUGAAUCUGAGGACGAUGAAGAUGGCUGGUCUUGGGAUGGUGACACAUCAGAUUCUGAAUUGGAAGGUGAUAGUUUAGUAAAAACGAUUAGGGAAAAAUUAGUUUCUAAAUUGUGCAGUACUCCAGUAAAUACUUCAAGGAAUCUUUACAGCCAGUUUCCCAGCUCAAAACCAACAUCAAGUAUUCAAUAUAUUUCUAAUGAUGACCAGGACAUGUAUUGUUUUGCUAGUUCUCCCGAAAUUACUAUUAAUUCUGAUUUAGAUUUUAUAGAUAUUGAAAAUUUGCCUAUAUUUUAUGAUAAUGGUGUUAACAUUUCAAAUAUUUCCAAUGGUCUUAUGGAUGUUGAUGAAAGUAUAAAAAAUACAAGUAAUAGUAUUAGUGACAACAUAAGCGGUGCAAAUAAGUGCAGUAAAAAAGGUAAAAAUCAAAAUUCACCAAAACAAGUGUUUUCUGGUCAGCGGAACUUUAAUGAUGAUGUAUGUUCUAAAUUUAUUCCAAAAAAAUUCAAUUUCAAUGAUUCCCAGUCUGGUAUAAAUUUAGAUUUUAUUGAUGAUUUAGCACCUGAAUUUUCUGAGUUGAAUAUUUUUAAAAUGAUUUUUGAUGAACACUUAGUUCAACAUAUUGUUGAAGAAACAAACAAAUUUUUUCAUUUUAUAAUAAAAAAUAAAGUUUUACAACAGCACUCUAAACUAAAAAAAUGGAAGGAAACCAGUGUAAAUGAAAUGUAUACUUUUCUUGCUUUAACACUUUUAAUGGCACACCAAAAGAAAAAAAACAUAAAAGAUUAUUGGUCUACAUCACCACUACUAUUGACUCCUAUAUUUGGUAAAACUAUGAGUCAAGAUAGGUAUUUAAUAAUACUUAGGUUAUUAAAUUUUUGUGAUAACCAAAAUCAAGUACAAGGUAACAGGCUUUUUAAAAUUGAUACAAUUGUCGAAUCUCUUAGAAUGAAAUUUCGCUCAGUUUUUAAACCAUACCAGAAGGUCUGUGUUGAUGAGAGUAUAGUUGAGUGGAAAGGGAGACUUAAGUUCAAACAAUACAUACCUUCUAAGAGGCAUCGUUUCGGAAUCAAAUUAUUUGUCCUUUGUGAUUGCAAAACAGGUUAUGUUUUGGAUUAUUUAGUUUAUACAGGUGAUAACAAACAUAUAAAUUUUAAUAAAUCAUUGAAACAGUCAGGUUCAGUUAUAACAACUUUGAUGGAACCAUAUUUAAAUAAAGGUCAUAUUAUUUAUAUGGACAAUUGGUAUUCUUCUCCAUUACUGUACCAAUAUUUGUCAGAACAUAACACUGGUGCCUGUGGUACAGUUAGGAAUAAUAGAAAAGAUAUUCCCAUGUUCCCAACAAAAUUAGUUCCUGGUCAAUGUAUAUCUGCUAUAACAAAAGGCAUGAUGACUUGUAAAUGGAAGGACAAAAGAGAUGUCCAUAUGCUUUCAACUGUACACGACACAAAAAUGUCAGUGACUAAUAAAACUGACCGUGUAGGAAAUAAAAUUAAAAAACCUGACUGCAUAUUAGAUUACAAUGUAAAUAUGGGUCUCAUUGAUAAAUCUGAUAUGCAGAUGUCGUUCAAUAAUACAGCCAGAAGGUCUAUAAAAUGGUAUAAAAAGUUUUUUUUUUCAUCUGCUUGA